ACGGCCACAUGCUGGCCGACGGCGCAUUUGCAUGUAGACUAGGGAAAAGUGAUCCGAUAGGAACGAGCACUAAAUGAAUUAAUGGUUCUUACGUUAUAUAUACCUACUUAUUUAUACUUCUACGUGUUUUUCUCUCUGAAUGAUUGUAACUCUUUGAUUCAUACAACGGACUAGCCUAGCAGCGUUAGGUAAGUCUUAAGGUAUGUCGUGAUGAAGGACCCCCGCAGCCAUCGGCAUUAUUUAACGCGAUUCCCAUAUCGGGGCUCCGCAGCUCUACAUCCAAUAAGGAUGAACGUAAUUAUCAUGACGCUACCUAGGUCAAUGUAACUGUCUCGUGAAGUACGAAAUUUGACGGUCUUGAAGAAUUAUAACUUUUAUAUCGUUUUAUUUUGCCUAGCUAGCCAUAAUGCCGACGAACACCGGAGACGACGCCGGCACUGCUGCUACUGCCAAGCCCGAGGCAGAAGCAGAGCGCCUCCGUGACUACAACCUCUCUCAACCCAUCGACCCAACGCAAGGCGAGGGCAUGCGCCGCGGACUCACAUCCUACGGGGACGCGCAUUUCUCCCUCUUUCUUCGCAAAGCAUUUAUAAAAGGUCUUGGGUACACGGACGACUCGCUCUCACGCCCGAUUAUCGGGGUCGCGGAUACGAGGUCGGGGUUUAAUCCGUGUCAUGCUAAUAUUCCGCAGUUGUUAGAAGCGGUUAGGAGGGGUGUACAACUUGCGGGUGGACUGGCGGUGGAGUUCCCGACGAUUAGUUUGCAUGAGUCGUUUGCUGCGCCCACGAGUAUGUUUUUGAGGAAUUUGAUGAGUGUGGAUACCGAGGAGAUGAUUGGCGCGCAGCCUGUUGAUGCGGUUGUGCUUGUUGGUGGGUGCGAUAAGACGACGCCGGCACAGCUGAUGGGUGGGAUAUCGGCGAAUAAACCGAUAUUACAUCUCGUUACGGGUCCGAUGUUGCCUGGUAGCCACAGGGGUGUGAGGAUUGGAGCUUGUACUGAUUGUAGAAAUAACUGGGCGAAUUAUCGGGCUGGUGUUAUUGAUAUUGAGGAGAUUGCUGCGUUGAAUGAGGAGUUGGUGCCAUCGGCCGGAACUUGUGGCGUUAUGGGCACUGCGAGUACAAUGGCAUGCAUAUUAGUCGCCCUCGGUCUCAUGCCGUUCAAAGGAGCAACUGCACCCGCCGUCUCCUCAGCUCGUCUUCGAAUAGCAGAAGAAACAGGCGCCAACGCCGUCAAGAUCAUCGCCGCCGGUAACAAACUAAAACCCCAAUCCUUACUAACACGAGAGUCUUUCCUCAACGCCAUUACUGUCCUCCAAGCCAUUGGUGGCUCAACAAACGCCGUUGUGCACUUAAUGGCUAUUAUCAAUAGGCAUCCCCGCAUUGCCGGGACUAUAACGCUCGACACAUUUGAUGAAGUUGGCCGUCGUACCCCGCUACUUGUCGACCUCAAACCUAGCGGGUCGAAUUACAUGACCGAUUUCCAUGCAUCGGGUGGCAUGACUGCGUUACUGCGUGAGCUGCGACUAUUAUUGCAUCUUGAAGCGUUAACCGUCACGGGGAAGACUUUAGGUCAGGAGCUCGAUGCAGAGCGCCUGAUUCCCGUACCCCGAGAACUGAGCUGUAUCCAGCCAUUCAAUAGCCCGCUAUACCCGGCUUCCUCACUUAUUGUGCUGCGAGGUAAUCUGGCGCCUGGGGGCGCGGUUAUGAAGGCCAGUGCGUCGAAGGAUCGACGCUUAUUGAAGCACUCAGGUCCCGUAGUGGUAUUUACCAGCUCGGCGGACCUGGCGGCGAGGAUUGAUGAUGAGAAUUUGGAUGUCACUCCGGAUAGUGUAUUGGUGCUGCAGAAUAUUGGUCCGGUGGGAAACCCGGGGAUGCCGGAGGCCGGACUCAUUCCGAUCCCGCGAAAGCUAGCAGCGCGCGGUGUGACCGAUAUGUUGAGGGUGUCAGAUGGUCGGAUGAGCGGCACAGCAGGCGGGACGAUUGCUCUUCACGUCUCUCCUGAAGCGGCAGAUCCGGAAUCAGUGCUAGGAGUUGUGAGGGAUGGAGAUGCGAUUACAUGCGACAUCGAGCAGCGCCUACUAAAAAUUGAGAUCAGCGACGAGGAGAUCCAGCGUAGACGCGAAAUUAGGCGCACGGAGAUUGGCAAAGAGGGCUCGGAGCACCCCUGGAAGGAAAGGGAGAAGAUGAGAGGUUAUAGGGGCUUGUACAUGAGAUCGGUGAAUCAGGCAGACCAAGGGGCGGAUUUUGAUUUUUUACAGGCUCAAUAUCGAGGUAGCAGCUAGGCAUACGGUUACAGUAAA